UAUUGAUAGAGGACGCCACCCGUUUUCCAGAGAGAAAGUUUGUCAAGUAUAAUCUAUGGUUUCUUGUUACUCUUUAGUUGAGGAGAGCACGUGUUAUUUUCGUUCAAAAAUAGAACAAGUUUUAUAUUGCUGACCUAAAAAAGUAACCAAGAUGCCAAGAGAAAUAACAGAGAUCAAGGAGUUCCUCCUAACAGCUAGGAGAAAAGACGCUAAAAGUGUUAAGAUAAAGAAAAAUGUCUUGAACACAAAGUUUAAGGUGAGAUGCAGCCGAUUUCUGUACACCCUGGUGAUUACAGAUAAGGAAAAAGCAGAAAAAUUGAAGCAGUCCCUCCCACCAGGACUCCAAGUUAAAGAAGUAAAGUGAAUUAGUUAUAAAUACUUACUGAGGUAAAUAAAAUGUUUACAAAAGCA